AUGGGGAACAUCAUUAGGGCGCUCCUGGCCUUCAUCCCUGCUGAACGCUGCCAGAACUACAUGGUUGGAAACCUCCGGGAGAUGCCGCUGGACAAGAUGGUGGAUCUCAGUGGGUUCCAGCUGCGCCGCUUCCCCGUGCUCGUGUGCUCCUUCCGGGAACUGGUCAAGCUCUACCUGAGUGACAACCACCUGAACAGCCUGCCUCCGGAGCUGGCACAGCUGCAGAAUCUACAGAUCCUGGCCCUGGAUUUCAACAACUUCAAGGCCCUACCCCAGGUGGUGUGCACCUUGAAGCAGCUCUGUAUCCUCUACCUGGGCAACAACAAACUCUGCGACCUCCCUGAGGAGCUGAACCUGCUCCAGAAUCUGCGGACCCUGUGGGUGGAGGCCAACUGUCUCACCCAGCUGCCAGACGUGGUCUGCGAGUUAAGUCUCCUGAAAACUCUGCAUGCAGGCUCCAAUGCCCUGCGCCUGCUGCCAAGCCGGCUCCGACACCUCCGGGAGCUGAGGACCAUCUGGCUCUCAGGCAACCUGCUGACUGACUUCCCUCCUGUGCUGCUUCAUAUGCCCUUCCUGGAGGUGAUCGAUGUGGACCGGAACAACAUCCGCUACUUUCCCAGCCUGGCUCACCUGUCCAGUCUGAAGCUGGUCAUCUAUGACCACAAUCCUUGCAGGAACGCACCCAAGGUGGCCAAAGGUGUGCACCGUGUGGGAAGAUGGGCUGAAGAGAUACCAGAGCCUGAACCCAGAAAAGUCAGGCGCUAUGCAUUAGCCAAGGAGGGAAGUCAGGAAGGAAAAGCAGCUGCCCUGCCUCCACCACUACCAGCUACCAAGUCCUGA